UCGCGUCAACCACGCCCACAGCUGUAUUUCUCAUAAGUGAGGCUGAAUUACAUUGUGUGCGAAAAAGAGAAAUAAGUUACAGAAUGUUUAAGUCACUUUUUGAAUCCGUGGUCUUAUUUCAACUAUUUUGUAUUCAAUUCAGUUUAAGCAAUACAGUUGUUAAUGACUUUAAGACCAGUGACGCCAAUAAUCAACUACUACCAGACGACGUCAACUUCACAGUCAGCCUCACGCACACCACAUCCGUCUUUCUCCAACUGAAGCGUGUCCACUACAUUGGUGUAAACACGCCUGUGUACACACUCAGGACUAAUGAUAAGGGAACCUACGCCAAGUCCAGAUUGACGCUAAACUCAAGAAAGAAUAUGGGAUUCUACCAGGACAUUAGCAACCUAGCCUCGUUUCAAAUCGAAAGGAUCAAUAAACCCUCCAAUACUAAUUUGAAAUUUGUAAUUGUGAAAGGUAAUUUUGAACAUGAAGGUAAAUCGUACUCACUCUCCCGAAACACUCAACCCACGGGGACAAAUGCAGCUCUUGUAGCACCAUACAAGCUGGAAUUUAUAAACCCUCAGAUAGAUCUACAAAGUGACGAUGGCUUUCGUCUUCCAGACAUCGAACGCAUCGACUCGACUCCAAAAGACCAGAGUCGUCGCCGGCGUCGUGAAGCCAGUGGUGACUACUACAUCGACAUCACCGCCAUGGUAGACUACAAGCGAUGGAACAUGUUCCUGUCUCAUGUCAAUGGUUCAAGACAGGAUGCUAUAAACAAUGUACUAGAGCAUUACGCUUAUAUUUUCAAUAGGCUUGAUCUUUGUUAUCAGAAUAUAAAGUCCUUACCUUUCAAGCUGAAUAUUCUUCUUGCGCAAAUCAUCAUCUGUGAGACUACCCGGGCUUCAGACUUUACCACAAAGGCCAGUACACCAGGCGGUGACCACGUUGACCAGCUGACAUCGUUCAGUUUGUUUACUUCCUUCAUUAAAAGCAAUAGCUGGAAUCUUCUUGCGCCGUUUGAUCACGUGAUGCUCUUUACUGGGUACUACAUAAAGGACUCAGAUGACGGUGGUAAACUUGCAGGAGCAGCUCUUCUUGGUGCCACAUGCAGAAAUAGCAUCUACAGUUAUUCGAUAAUUACUGACGUUAAUGAAUUCACGAGUGAAACUGUGGCCCAUGAGUUCGCUCACAGCCUGGGGAUCGAGCAUGACGGAGACGACAACACAUGUUCUCCCGUCGACGGUUACCUAGUGGCGCCAAUAGGUGCUAGAACCUUGAGGUUCUCAAACUGUAGCAUCAACUACCUCAACACUUUCAUCAACGCAAUUCUGAGUACUGAGAGUGGAGCAAAAUGUCUAGCAACUAAGCAGUCCAAUGAGCGAUUACCGGGUCUAAUGUAUACGCCGACAGAACAGUGUGUGUUGAAAUACGGGGAUGGUUCUUACGAUUGCAGGCUGAAUAAAGUAGCACACUACUGCGGAAAGAUGUUCUGUUACAAUAUAACAAAAAAUAUAUGCAACAGUGUUACUGCGGCAUUGGAAGGGACGACUUGCGGUAACGGUAAGCUAUGCAGAGACGGAAAAUGUGUAAGGCAUGGGGCAGCCCCUAAUGUGGAUGAUACCUGUGUGUACGGACUAGAAACAGUUGGAGACUUUGAAAGCUCUACGUGUGCUGCUAGGAUUCAAGCCUUCCCCGGGCUGUGCUACCAGAAGAAAUACUCUAACAACUGCUGCACUUCUUGCAAAAAUGUUUUCAAAAAUAUAAAGGGUUGCGAGUAUGGAGAUAGAUACAAGAAAUGUGUGCGUGCACUGUGUCGGUUUCCUUCUGAAAAUUAUCUUACAAUCUGUUGUAAAACAUGCAGCUAAUGGUUCCCAUGUUUCAACCUACAUCAAAUACGAAAACUGCUUGGACAAACAAAUAUACAGUGGAAGAAACAAUCGCACCUCUGUAAAAUUGUACAAACAAAUAACUACAGUUUAAGCUAUUAACACAUCUUCAAGAAGUUUUUUUUUUUUAAAUCUGAAUUUUGGCUCUUAUUCGAACUAUAAAAAAGAUACAUGUUUUGUUCGAUUUCCAACUCAAUACAAUACAAGAAUAAUU